GAGCAUGCUCUGACUGCGUGGGGUAGUGACCAAUCGGAUGGAGCUGUUCGUUUGCGCAGACGCAGUGGUUGCUGCGUUCCGGUGUGUGCGUGAGUUUGAGAGGCGGUAACGGUGCAGGGAGAGCGGGAGCGGGGCUGUGGGCGACCGGAGGCCAGGCCGAGCCGCAACCCCACCCCGGCCCGGCAGCAGGUGCAGGGUGUGCGCGGCCACCGCUGGUUUCGCCAUGUUUUCACCGCGGACUCCUGCGAGCGCCAAGAGGCCCCAAGCGGGCUGCCACGGGUCUCCGCUGCCCCGCAGCGGCGGCGGGUUCGCGGUCCAGGGACGGCGCAGCGUGUCGGCGGGCGGAGCGGGGGUUUUAUCCCCGGCCUGGCGCUCUGCUCUAUGCAGCCGUUCAACACCAACCAGAGGAGCACAGUAUCAAACAGUAGCUGAGACCCUCAACUAUGAAAUAAGAAGUUUUGGAUCUUCCCUUCCUGUGAAGGUCAUGGAGGCUAUAACUUUAGCAGAAGUGGAUGAGCCAUUAAGUGUUAAAAUAAGUGAAAAUGGAUGGGCGUGGCUUGUCUGUGGUGAAAAACUAAUUGUCUGGAAGAUUGGCCAGAUGCCUGUUGCUAAGCUGUCUGUAUGUAAAGAAUUCCAGUUGCCACCCUGUGAUCUCCCUUACGUUGCAGACCUGGUGGCUUUAUCACAUCCAAAUGAACACAGUUCCUUACAGUGUGUGUCUGUGAUGGCAGCUUCCAGACGGGGAACAAUAUGUUUUUGGCCCAGUCUGACGCAUGAAGAAUCUUGCACAGAAAUCACUGUGGAUUUUGGCAGUGCUGAGUGGAAGUGUCUAACUUCUAUCACGGGAGGUGGAUUUAUUCUUGCUUCCCAAAAAAAUCAUUUGCUGCGAUUAACACCAGAUGGUUCAGGAAGAGUGAGCUUCCACCCUGUGCAACAAGGGCAGGGUAUGCUUUCAGGACUGGGCCGCAGGGUCUCCUCACUCUUUGGCAUUUUGACACCUACUGCCAAUGAUGUGUUAAGCUCUGUGAUGUGGGAUGAAGAGAAUGAGUGCCUCUAUACCUUGACUAAUUCUAGUCUGAAUAAAUGGGAAGUGGAUGAGACAUCUGAACGGCACAUUUUCAGCUGGGACCUAAACAGAUCCAUGAAAGAAGACUUGGGAUAUUCCAUUUGGGGAGCUGAUGAAAAUUAUGAAAUCAGUAAGUCUGGAAUCAAUGUGCAGUAUCUGGAUUUGCAACUGAGCAAAGAGGGUCUGGUGGUUUUGAUGGCAGCGUGGAACCAGGGAGACAAUCCAUGCUUAAUCUACUACAUUUUAGCCACAGUUCAGGAUAAUGGAUAUCGAAUAACUGAUGAAAUUAGAAUGGAGGUCACUGAGUAUUAUCCGUUAUACCAGCCUGAAGAGGAGCUCCCAUGCCAGCGGUUUUUGAUACCAGAUUAUUCAAGCCAAGCUGCAUAUCUUUACACUUACGAUAUGGUCUUUGCAUGCUGUACUGGGACUGGACGAGCUGGUCUGCCUCAGGAGAAACUUAACCUGAAUAUGCCAGGUGAUGGUAUCCUGGGUGGGGGAAGCUUUGCUGGGUUUCCUGUCCUCUUCUGCAGGAACAGUGGUUUGGUUGCAGCUCGUCCAAAAGAAAGCAUAUCAAUGUUACCUGAAAACAUCGAAGAUUCUCUGGCUUUAUCAACCUCUGGAGCAGCAGCACAGGUAGAGGUUGAUGGGCAACCAUUUGAAAAGUCUGCCAUGGAGCCACAAGAGGAUAAAAUUAAGAUGUUGAAAACUGCCUUUGUGAUGUAUUGCAGAAAGGAUAUUGUUGGUGCCCAGACCAUGUUGGAGGAAAUCUUCCCGGAUGAUGCUGAUAUGGGAUCAGACUCUGAGCUGGACAAUGCUGUGGCACAAAUCAGUCUCGAUUUGAUUGACGACUACCCAGCAUGUGAUCCCCGUUGGGCUGAAUCUGUACCAAAUGAUGGAAGUAGAUUUAGCAACACCUCCUUGCUAUUGCUUCAUCAGUUAGAAGACAAAAUGAAAGCUCAUUACUGUUUGAUGGAAUUUCUUCAGGAUGUGGAGUUACUAAAUCGGCUUGAGGCUGUUAGGGUGCGAGGAUCCCUGAUGGUAACUCGUCUUUUGCUCUGUGAGCAUGCUGAGAAGCUCUCUGCUGCUAUUGUUCUAAAAAACUACCACACCAAGUUUCCUGACAUCGUAAAUGCAGCGAUUAAUUCUGCUCUGGGUAAACAGAAAAAGAGUGCUCCACAGAACUUGACUCCCGCGGAUGUUUUCUUCAGAGAGGUCUCCCAGAUCGACACAGCUUUCGAAUGUUUGUUAGAGGAAGAAGAAAACCUUUUGGAGGAGAACAACCCCCUCUCCCUGGAGUGGGCACAAAUAGCUAUAAAUGUUAACAACAUCUUAAAGGAUAUGUUGCAUGCAGCUGUCCACCAUCGACACAACAAAAGUUCAUUUUAUAAGUCAGAAAAGGAUGCUGAACAGGAGCCAGAGUACAUUCCUUGGACAGCAUCCAGUGGUCCGUCCGGUGUGAGGAAUGUGAUUGUAAGGCAGACUGAUAUUGUCCUGAAUAAGGUGUACCCACAAGCUGACAGCACCAUACGUAAUACUCUUCUGGAGCAACUGGUGGCCCUGCUCGAUUUCUAUCUGGAUGGCUAUGUUUGUCAACUCAAGUCGGUGGACAGACCUACUCAGCAGGAAAGAUACAACAAACUGGACUUAGAAUACACCCAAAAACGUUCACAUCUUCUAUCACAAUUACUUUCACUCAGGCAACACCAGCUGACUGCUUCACUAGCAGAGAAAUAUUGUGACUUUGACAUCCUGAUUCAACUAUGUGAACAAACUGAUAACCAGGCCAGGCUACAGCGCUACCUGAACCAGUUUGCAGAUCAGAACUUUUCCGACUUCCUUUUUCGCUGGUACAUGGAGAAAGGGAAACGAGGAAAACUUCUGUCACCACCUGUGGCCCAGCAUGCACAGCUGGCUAAUUUCCUGCAAUCCCACGAACAUCUCAGUUGGCUCCAUGAAAUCAACAUCCAGAACUUUGAAAAGGCUCAUCAGACAUUACUGAAUCUUGCUAAUAUGGAGACACGGUACUUUGCAAAGAAGAAAACUCUCUUGAGCCUCAGUAAACUCUCUGCAUUUGCUUCUGAUCUCCCUGAGGACCUUCUGCAUGAGAAGAUGGAGGACUUAAAUGCGCAAGAACGGUAUCUGCUUCAUCAGGAUACUCUCCCAAUGGAGUUGUUGGAAAGGAAACAGCUCAAUAUAGACACAAUGCCUGUGCUGUCUGCUUCACAACUGAUCCAUCUUUACAUCAGUGAUGACAACAUAAGGGCAAAUGAAUAUGACUUCAAGAAGGCACUUGAUCUAUUGGAGUAUGUUGAGAAGGAGGACACUGUUGUCACUGCUGAUGAAUUGAAACUGGAGAUCUUCGGCCGAGCCAUCCAGAGAGAUGAUUGGUCUUUCAGCCCAAAGGAUGAUCCUGUUGAAGCUGCAAAGGACACCAUACUGAUAAAAGUCAUAGAAAAACUCAUGGAUGAAGGGGUUGAGCUGAAACACUACUUGCCAGAAGUAAAGUACUUGCUACUGUCAGAUCAUCUAGUGACUCUGAGAUCCAAUUCAUAUUUUGAGUUCCUCUUGCAAGCGAACUAUGAACAUUACAUAAAAGCACAAUCUUAAUUGACCUCUACUGUUUAACAUCGUUCAGCAGGUAAUGUGAAUAAGCCACCUGCAACAUUGAAUUUUUUUUUUAAAUGUUACAAAUUAUUACAUUUCUAAUAAAGUCAUUUAAUUUCACACAAAGAUCAUUGAUCAUGGAAACAGUCCCUCCACAACUCAUCCAUGCUGACCAAGUUGCCUACCUGAGCUGCCUACCUCACUGAACUUUGCUUCUCUGCAAAGCAGUACUCUUGCUAUUUCCCAUCUGCUUUGAAGGUUCAGCUGCAGUUUAAUUAGAGCCAGGUAUUUUGUGAAUAGGAAUAAAUGUUUUUUUCAGGCUUUUGAGGGGUAUGCCUCAUGGAUCAGUUCUUAGCCUUCAAUAAUUUAAUAUGUAUAUUAAUGACUUGGAGAAAGAGGUAGAAUGCAAGUUACCCAAGUUUGCUGAUGACAAGAAAAUACGUGGAAGGGUGUGCUAUAAUGAGAAUAUUAGGACUCUGCCACGAGAUGGAGACAGGUUGUGUGAGCGGGUGAAAACUUGGCAAAUAGAUCAAUAUCCAAAUGUGUGAGGUAUAAGAGGAAACAAAAUACAAACUUAUCUAAAUGUAGAGAUGUUGCAAAUGUGAAGUACAGACAGAUCCAGUUGUUCUUGCUAACAAAACGUUAGCAUGCAGUUGCAGCACAUAGUUCAGAAGUCAAAUUGCAUAUUGGCCUUCAUUACAAAGGGGUUGGGGUUUAGACAUAUUGUUCCAAUUGUACAGGGUGUUGAUAAGGCUGCACCUGGAAUACAGUGCAAAGUCUACAUUUCAGGUCCUUGCAUUUAAGGAAGGAUUGGAGGUGAUCAAGAAAAGAUUCACUUAGCUGAUUCCUGGAAUGAGGGUUGUCUUCUGGUGAAUGGUGAAAAAUGUAAAUCUGCAUUCUCUUUGAAAGAAUGUGGGAUGAUCUUAUUGAAAUAUGCAAUUCUAAGAGGGCAUGACCAGAUAGAUGUUUCCACUGGUGAGGACAUCAAGAAAAAACCAUAGUUAUAAGAAGGUGGUUAUCCAAAACUGUUAGGAAUUUCUUCUCUCAGUGGGUGACGAAUCUCUGGAAUUCUAUAUCCCAGAAAGAUGUAGAGGUUAGAUUCCAGGAGAUAUUUAAUGAGAAGGUAAAUUUUUGACUGAUAACCCUCAAUUUU